CUCGCUGGAUAUAAGAAGAAAAAAAGUACAUAUUUGAUUCUGCUAGCGGUCCCUAGACUCAUUGUCAGCAUGUCCCAUGCAGAAGUGGAGGUGUCCGGGCUCGGCUUCCCGAGUUUACCUGUUGAUUUGGACGCGGACUGUUUGUCCCUGGUGCCGCCGCUCCGAGCGCACGCACUGAGCGCCAGGAGGAACUCGUACGUGCUUCACAAACUGGAGCUGGAGCCACAGUUUUACAGCGCGCCAUCAUGGUCCGACGAAAAUGUCUUAGCCGAAAGACAGACUGAGGAAUCAAAAGCUGUCGAUACUCCUCCGUCUUCGGCGUCUCCGCAGUCCUCACCUUCCAAAGCGCAGUGGGACGGUGCGGUUCCGGUGUCCGUUGCGCACGGUGCCAGCUCGGAUUCGGACAUCGAGAACACAAAAAGCAACCCGAAGUUGAUCAAACGACUCGACAGCCGAUGGGAGCAAGAGGAGAAGGAGGACGUGGAGACCAAAGCCGUGGCUACAUCUCCCGAUGGCCGAUACCUAAAGUUUAACGUGGAGAUCGGAAGAGGCUCGUUUAAGACCGUGUAUAAAGGUUUGGACACGGAGACCACAGUGGAAGUGGCGUGGUGCGAGCUCCAGACAAGGAAACUGACCAAGGUGGAGCGGCAGCGCUUCAGCGAGGAGGUGGAGAUGCUGAAGAACCUGCAGCAUCCAAACAUUGUUCGCUUUUACGACUCCUGGAAGUCCACAGUGAAAGGACACAAGUGUGUCCUUCUAGUCACAGAACUGAUGACCUCCGGCACCCUCAAAACGUACCUGAAACGCUUUAAGGAAAUGAAGCCUAAGCUUCUUCAGCGCUGGAGUCGUCAGAUACUAAAAGGACUCCACUUCCUGCACACUCGAGCUCCUCCCAUCAUCCACCGAGACCUGAAAUGCGACAACAUCUUCAUCACGGGUCCCACAGGCAGCGUGAAAAUCGGCGAUCUCGGACUCGCUACGCUCAAAAGGGCUUCGUUUGCUAAGAGCGUAAUCGGAACACCAGAGUUUAUGGCGCCGGAGAUGUAUGAGGAGAAAUACGACGAAGCUGUUGAUGUCUACGCAUUUGGGAUGUGCAUCUUAGAGAUGACUACGUCUGAAUACCCGUACUCAGAAUGCCAAAAUGCGGCACAAAUCUACCGCAAAGUCACAAGUGGCAUGAAGCCUGACAGCUUCUACAAAGUGAAAGUCCCUGAACUGAAAGAGAUUAUAGAAGGAUGCAUACAUACAAACAAAGACGAACGAUACACCAUUCAGGACCUGCUGGAGCACGUAUUCUUCCAGGAGCACAAUGGUGUGCGUGUUGAGCUGGCAGAAGAGGAUCAUAUGGAGAAGUCCAGCCUGAAGCUCUGGCUGCGCAUGGAUGGCACCAAAAAGCUCCAUGGCAAGUACAAGGACAACAAUGCCAUCGAAUUCCUGUUCGAGCUCUACAAGGAUGUGCCUGAAGAAGUGGCACAGGAGAUGGUGGUGCUGGGGUUUGUGUGCGAGGCCGACUACAAACUGGUUGCCAAGGCGAUGCGGGACAGAGUGACAGCCAUCAAACGGCAACGCGAGAGGCAGCGUCGGGUGCGAGAGGAGGAGAAGAAGAAGCAAGAGGAGACCAUUGAGGAAGAACCUGAGUCACCUUUGCCUAAGCCUAUUGGCCAACUGCUGGAUAGCCCCGCCUCUUCUCCUGUGCAAAUCCCGCCAACUCUGCCUAUUCAUGACCCUCCCGCUGUUUCUCCGGUUAUUUCCCCUGAUUAUGGAAGCAGUGGGGGCUUUUUACAAGAGCCAGAAGAACCAGAGGCUGACCAGCACUUUCUCAUCCGCCACACCAGCUAUUCAUCAAUCACAUCUGAUUGUGAGACAGACGGGUAUCUCAGUCCUUCUGGCUUACAGGAAGGGCUCGAUGCUGCACUAGGAAACAUUUGCAGCCCGUCGACCCCACCCUCGAAUUUGGCCAUGCCCCCUGUCACACCUACCUCGACACCACCCAUGCCGCUUCUCCGCUUUCCCUCUAGCAUUGCUGUGUGUAAUAAUGUUGAUAAUAAAGUCUCAGAGCCUCCCAGUCCUUUCUCCUCAUCUGUGGACAGCUACGCCUCGGACGUGACCUCGGGUCUGAGCGACGGCUAUGAGGGCCAAUCAGAGAGAGGCAGCAAGACGGCUGCCCGACGGUCGGUGGCGAAACUGUUCAAGAGAAGGUCUCGGUCCCGUCUGCGCAUUACAGGGCUGUCUGAUAAAGUGGACCGGGUGGUGGAGUGUCAGCUUCAGACGCACAAUGAUAAAAUGGUCACGUUCAAAUUUGACCUCGACGGUGACAACCCUGAAGACAUCGCUGCCGUUAUGGUGCAUAACGAGUUCAUCCUCCCGUCCGAGAGAGACGGGUUUAUUCAUCGAACGCGUGACAUCAUCAAGCGAGCAGAGUCUCUAAUGGGCAAAGAUUUGGCUGGGCAGCAGGGCAAACAAGAAGGCAUGCAUUUCCCACAGCACAACACUGCCAGCUCCACAUCUUCAUCGCAGCCAAACGUGCACAACCUUGCUCGGACUCAUUCCUCCUCCUCUCUGCCAGUGUCCCGUGCCUCAGUAGCAGUGCAGAACGGAGACAUUACAUCAUCACCGCGUCCCCUUUUACGUUCACAGUCCUUCCAUAACACACCGGGAACUGCACAUCCUUUCCACACCACGUACCCAUCUGAUCACACCAUGCCCCUUUCAAAUCUUGGACACAUGCAGCAGUUUCCAAUGUCCAUAAUGACCACUUCUGCUCAACUUCCCUACCUGUACCCACCAAACCCUGGCUCCCCCAAGCCUCUUCAUCCCUUGCAGUCACAUAUCCCCAGUUACCCCUCCAACCUCAUGUCUGCCUCUUCUGGCAACCAUGUCUCAGAUUCCACCAGCUCCACUGCCGACGGCAGUUCUAUGGCCUCGCACAUGCCCAGCAUAUGGGCGUCUCAAACUCCUCCACUUUUCUCCUUGGCAAACAUGAUUUCCAUGGCCAUGAGCAUGGCUCAGUCCUUCAUCCCUCCUCCUAACCUAACAAGCCCUAUGAUGCCACACAUGCCCUCUCUUCCUGGCUAUCCUCCACACUUCAGUCAUGGUAUGCCACCCCAGGCUGGGUAUCCUAUGGCUUAUGCACCCCAGUAUAUAUUUCCUGGACAAGCAGAGAGCAUAUACCCACCUUGCAAUCCAGAGGCCCAAAAUCUAAAUCGGGAUGCUGCGCAUGGUUUUGCUCAAAGGACACCUUCCACAUUUACACAUGUACCUGGUUUACCCACGCAUACAGAGGCUCACAUGCAGCAAAUGUCCAGUGUCCCACAGAAAGGGGUUCAGGGGUUCAGGGUAGCACACACCCAGCACUACCCUAUGGACUAUUCUUUACCACAAGGAUAUACAGAAGCUUUUUCCAGACCAUCGCUACAACAAUCAAGCCUCUCCAGGUCAUCUUCUUCUGGACUGUCAUCUUCCCCAAGACCCAGUCCAGAUAGCAUGGCUUCUUCCUCCAGUCCAAGAUCCCUUUCCCCAUCAGCAGAACCGGACACUAGCACCAGUACCUGUGAGUUUAGAGAAUCUCCUGUUAGCUCUGAGCCGAAACCAGUGGUUACAGUUGGGCGCUUUCAGGUUUCACCAACAAAGGAGGUCCCAACUGUCUCUUCACAUGCUGAGAAAAGCCCCAGCAGAUGUACUGCCCUGACACAUGUGGUUUCACCAGACAUACCAUCCAACGUACCUAUUUGUUCUUCCCAUGACGAUCAAACUAAGGAACAAACGGAAUUAGAUAGAAAUGAAAUCACCCCCCUAAACCCCACCCUCUCCCAGCACCUUCACGUAGAUGUUUCUCAAACUCAACACUUGUCCUUGAACGCUACUCAUGACCAAAGCCAAUCACUGGGCCUUGAGCAGAACUUGUUGAUUGAAGCUCCUCGUGAUGCUUUCUGUCUCCAUGAACAAUCUCAACAAGAUGGUAAAACCACCUGGACUGAUGAGACCAAAGAGGAGGAGAAAGAGGAAGCAGAGCAGAGUGGUAACGAAGAGCCAGACGUAGACAACGAGGUCCAGAAGGAGCAGCAACAGAGGAAGAAGAAGGCCCGAAGGCUUGGUUCUAUACAGUCUCUGACUGGGACAUCAGUGGACAGCGGGCUUUGCAUCAUUAUGGAUCCAGACGUGAGCAUGGGGGAUGGAAUUAUGGACAGCCCUCAAUGUCUUGUCCCUCACCACAACAUGUGGAUGAGCUACACACGCACCAAUUCCUACAUAAGCAGUGACGAAUCGGAAAGUGAGGACGAGGAGAUGUGGGAUGAGCUUCAGGAGCUGAGGCAGAAGCAUUUGUAUGAGGUGCAGACACUGCAGGCACUGCAGAAGCAAGAAAUACAGGAGCUCUAUGAGCGGAUGGGGAAAGUGCCUCCUCCGUGCAUCCUCUCGCCAGCAACCAUGUUGUCCAGUCGGCAGCGUCGGCUGUCUAAGGGAGGAGGAUUUCCCUCGUCUCGUCGAAACAGCCUUCAGAGACUGGAUAUUCUCCCUACACCAGGGAUGAUAAGAAAGAACUCUGUAAGUGGCAGCAGCAGCAGCAGUAGCAGCAGCAGCAGUUCACAGGAUCGACCAGCUAAAGGUGUAAACUUCACUCCUGACCUGACCAGAAUGUAAACAUCUGUAACCAAGCCUGUUGGCAUAACUAGAUUAGACUACCUCAUCCAGCACAUGCCUGCUGUUCUCUUACUCAUCCUACUGAGGAAAGAAGACUUUACACCAACAGAUUAAAGCCUUUUGCUGCUGCCAGAUGAGUGCGUGUCAGCAGCACUUCCCUGUAGGGUCUCAAUGGCUGACCUGGAUUAUACUAGCAGUCUUUCCAAACUGUUGGUCUGCAACCCAAGGAAAACUCACAUAAAAGCGUAACCCACACUGUGUUCUUCAAUACUGAAACAUUCAAGUCAUCAUGCAUACAAACAUUGCUGUUGUGUACAAUGCAGUGUGUUCGUGCUCCAGAUCACGCUUUCGUAGACACCAAGAUGGACUUCCACUACUGCCAUGCAAAACUGUGCUGCUGUGACGAUGCUGUCGUCGCUACUGUUUCUGUGGUGAGCUCAGCGGUGUGAGAGUAACGUGCGUGUUUCUGAUAGCUCACCAGUGGCUCAUUAGUGACUCAGGCCUAGCCAUGUCCUUUGCACUUUUCUAAAACAAAGCGCCUGUAUAUGCAGCUGUCAGACCUGCUGAACAGGCAUGUGAUUCCUCUGGCUGUGUGUGUGUGUGUGUGUGUGUGUGUGUGUGUGUGUGUGUGUGAGAGCGAGAGAGAGAGAUAGAUAGAGAGAGAGAUUGAGUGAGUAAGGUGGAUCUUUCCUGAAUGUUUCCUGACUUUUGUGCUGUAGUAAAUGUGACAUUUCUCAAAUGGAUCAAAAGAAGACCAGUUUAACAUGACAUAGCUAUAACUGCUGCCUGGUAUACUGUAUACUUUAAAUGUAAAUGUGUAUUUUAGUUUCUGGGGUAUUUUUUUCCUUUAUACAUGUCUGUACUUUACCUUCGACAUCAUUAAUGUGAAUCAAAACCGAAUCCGCUUGUUGUACAGUUGAAUAGAAUCGUGCAUUAUACAAGCAUUUCUUCUGCGUGAAUCGUUACUUAAGAUAUUUUUGAGAGACGAAGCAGUGCAGCUCAGAAUCAUUGCUUGUGUACAUAAAUGAUUAAAAAAAUUAUAUAUAUAUAUAUAUUCACUGAUUAUAAAGAUCUAUAGACGCUACUAACUGACCAAAACGCACACAGCACUUCAGAUGGAAAAUUGCAGCCGAGCAUAAGGUAAAUAUCUAUCAUCGUCUCUCCGUUGAUGCUUGAGCUCCUUUUACUUUGAUGCACUUUGGUUUGAAGAUCAUUCUGUAUUACUUGGGAAAUCAAAACCAGAUUUUACCCUGUUAAAACAAUAAAAUAAAUGUGUGUGUGUGUACAUAUACAAUAAAUAUUGUAAUCUAUAUUGUUACUUAAAUGCUGACUUAAAUCAUUUGAAAGAAAUAAAAAAAAAAACUUAUAUAUAACUACAUGUUGAUGUUUAAAUUGAUAGAACGUUAGUUGUUUACCUUCCUAUUCCUACAUGAAUAAAAAUAUUAAUAAUAAUUCAUCUCAAACUGUGAAAUAACACGUGUUGCCUUUAAAUAAGCAGUGAACAAAAUAAAAAAACGUGAAAAUAAAUGUAUUGUUUUACAGAAUGUGAUGCUUGUUUGCAAAGCUGCUAUACUGCCAUGCAUUGUCUUUUCUUUCUCCUUUUUUUUUUAUACCCAAGAUGAUUUGAAAUAAAUUUCAUUUUAAAAAUAUGUAUUUGUACAAUAAAACGUCAAUAAAAGUAUAUAAACGAA